UUCUACUGUCAGUUCAUUGAUUCAGUCAGAUUCGUGGACGAAACAUUCGGACUGGUUUUGUGAACCAGUUCAACCAAAAGAUCCGACUCAAAAUAACGAUUCGUUCACGAAUCGGACAUCGCUAAGUAAGAACCUUUUAAACGAAACACAGCGCGCCAGGAGUUACGACAAAUCUUCAGACACGUUAUCGUUUCGUUAUAACGGUUGUUACGACUUUAUUGCAUACUAGUGUGGAGUAAUUUUAUUGUAUAGAUAAUUCUGGAAUGGCUGACAGAGGAAACGCAUGCUAGCUAGCGAAGUGACACAGGAAGUAGUUGAUCUAAAAUGGGAGACGAUCGACCUUUUGUCUGCACUGCCCUGGGCUGUGGACAGAGGUUCACCAAUGAGGACCAUUUGGCAGUGCACAAACAUAAGCAUGAGAUGACGCUGAAGUUCGGACAAGCUAGAACAGACACAGUUAUCAUAGCAGAUCAGACACCUACUCCCACCCGGUUUCUUAAGAAUUGUGAGGAGGUGGGUUUGUUUAGUGAGCUGGCUGGCUCCUUUGAGCAAGAUCUCCGCAAAACAGAGGAGGAGAGGAGAAUUAAGGGCACGCUUCCAGCUCUACAGACACCUACAGAGGUUAAAGAGAGGGAGGGGCCUCUUGAGAUCGACUCCUCCCCUCCGGACAGCCCAGACUCUGCCUCCAGCAUGACAAACAGCAAAGAUGCCGUUGCAAUGGCAAAAGAGCCUAUUGCUAUGAGGAAAGCCAAGGAUGUUCCUCCACGAACUGCAGCAAGUUCCACCCCUACACCAACCAUAGUGCGCCCAGGCUCACUCCCACUUCACCAAGGAUUCGACGCCAUGAACCCAACUCAGCCCUCUCCCACCUCUGUUAUCACCAGGACCCCUCCGUCAAACAGACUCAGUUCGCCGUCUGGUUCUUUUCCCAUGCUGAUGCAGCUUCCAAAUGGUCAGACUGUUCCUCUGCUGCCCAGUCCAGGGCAGACUUCAGUCAUAUCGCUUGCCAGAUCAUCAAACCCAGUGCCCAAUAUCCCAGGGAUUCCAGGCCCUCCUAUUGGUGGGAGCAGCAGUGGCUCCUCCUCUCCGUCUGGAUACAGUACACACUCUGAUGCCAAGACGAGGCUAAAAGCAGCACUUUCUCAGCAGAGUCCUAGUGGACCAUCACCAAUACAAAAAACAGAUCAGACUGAGACACCAUCACCUGCUCAACCACAGGUGUCCCCUGCUCCACCAAAAGGAGGCCGCAGACGACGAGGAGCAGAUAUUGAGCCGGAUGAGCGCAGGCGCCGUUUUCUUGAACGGAACAGAGCUGCUGCUUCCCGUUGCCGGCAAAAACGGAAAGUGUGGGUCAGUGCCCUGGAGAAGCGCGCUGAGGAGUUAGCUACUGCUAACGUCACGCUCACUAGUGAAGUUUCCCUGUUGAGGACUGAGGUGACACAUCUGAAGGAGCUGCUGUUGGCCCAUAAGGACUGCCCUGUUACUUCCAUGCAGAAAAAAGCAUAUCUCGCUGCAGGAGUGGAUGAGAGUUCAGUGGCGGCAUUGGUGAUGCCUGUGUCGGUACCGGCUCCGGUGUCGGUUAACGGUCUGAGCGUGCGUGCGGCAGAGGCUGUUGCUGUUUUAGCGGGAAUGGGCUCGGGCCAGUGGAGUAACACAGCUGGAGAUGCUUCCUCCCAAUCGCAGCCCACAUCCAGAUGAUGAGCAUGUUGUUCAGCCAAUGGGAACUAAAUAUACUUUCAAAGGAGUGAAUCGCCCUUUUCCCCUCAAAACUGUCAGUCCUGGUGUGUUUGUAAAUGCUCUCAUGUGACAAAUGGGAACCAAUGUUACCACGCUCUGACCACACCCUGCUCACCCGUAGCCUAUCACAGACCCUCCCUGGGCUAAGUAGUGACAUCAUAGGACGCCCCUGUCAGACUGCACAGACUCGGAAGCACUGCAGUGGAAAUGAAGUCUCUUCUGUCAUCUCUAUAAAUACAGCUUUGCAUAUACUUGUAUAGAUCUUCUCACUAAUGCAUUGAGUUGAUAUUUGUCUCGUUUGCAGAUAUUUUUAAUUAUUUUGCAUUGUAUUCAAUGGUUUUUCUAGUAUAAUGAUUCGUUGCAUGAUUCUGGCCACAUUAGAAAGAUGAUUACUACACUAUGCAGAUAAGUUUAACACCUUCUUUCUCAGUCUCUCUAGGUGACGCUAUCUCACACAUACUCGCUUUUUCCAUUUCCCGCUCUUCCUCUCUGUCUUAAUUUUAUUGUGGUUUCUAAAGUAAUUUCUCUCAGGUCCGUGCUUCUGUGGCUGUUUUGGUGAAGAUCGUGUCUCUCACGUUAGCGUAAUCUGGUGUUGCAGAAUGGACUCGCAAAAGCUUAAGAAUGCAGAGAAAAUAUAUUUUUAUAU